ACUAGCUGUUAGCUUUAGCUAAUAGCAGUUGGGUGAGCCACUGAGCCAGACCUCUGAAAUGGUUUCACUCAAGCUUCGUUUACGCCAGGAAACAGUGGUUGCUCUUAACAUGAGAGGUUCGCUGAUAAUUUUUUAAGCCUGUCACGAUUUGAUGCCAAAGAGGAUGACGAACUGUACGGACCAUACGUUAGCUAGCCCCAACAGAACAGCCAAGCUCCAGGUGAACUACUGUUGGACAGCCUUCCUUUGCUAGCUGCAUCCUGAGGAGGAAAGCUCUGAGAUUUUACAACGGCUGGAUGCGGAAGGAGGAUAUGAGGCAAGCUCAACAGCUAAUGCUAACUAUGAAUGCUAUUUCACGGGUUCAGUGGAAUGCCAAAGUGCCAAAAAGUGACGCUACUAAUAACCCAGCUUGGCUUAGGGUAGAGAAUAGCAGCUUUGCUACAAAAAAGGUACCGGUACAAGAAUAUGCAAGGACUUACAACCUCCACUGAGAUCUAUAAAUAUCCACGCCACAGAACUGUUGUCCUUGACACACCAGUCUUGGUCACCAUGCUAUCCACAUUGGAAGUGCCAUCAUAGGCCGUGGCUCAAUCAACUUCACGGUUUUGGGAUCUUCAGCCUUGGAGGAAGGAUUCCAGCUGUAGUCUAACCCUAAACGGUGAAGAUGGGCUCUCAGGCUCUCCAGAUAUUGAGGCAGGGGGUGUGGGCUUCGCUCACAGGAGGCUGGUAUGUGGACCCCCAUCAGAGCACGUUCUCAAACUGCUUCCACCUAUACCUAUGGAUUUUUCUCCUGGCCUUCCCCUUUCUUCUGUACAUGGCUCUUCCCCCUAGCUUGGUGGUGGCAGGCGUGUACUCUGCUGUGGUAGCAAUCUUUUUUACUGCCAUUAAGGUGGUAAACUACCGACUUCACGCCAUGUUUGACCUCGGUGAGAUUGUCGAGAAGAAGCAGGCCUCUCUCACAGCUGACGCCCCGAGGACAGACGAACUAGAUGAUGGGUCAGGAGUUCAUGAUGGGAAUCAGCAUAGAGAUAGUCAUGUUGGUGUGGAGAUGACUGUGUUUCGGAAGGUGAACUCGACUCCUCCAGUCCGUUGCAGCUCCCAGCAUUCUCUGUUUGGAUUGAACCAAGUGUCGGAGUUUUUGCCCCAGCUGGAAGAUGCAGGAGGCUCUAAGGAUGUCAAAGAAUUAACACAGGGACAAGGAAGCAACAAUGUAAUCGUGACUUCAGCCCAUCGAGCGAUUAUACGUCAGAGCUCUCAGGACACACAAAGGGUGCCCAGUGCAGUUCAAUCCUGCAUUUCCACCUCUUUGGACUUCCCUGUUCUGACUGGGGUGACGGCGGGACUUGAAGACCCUGGAGGGUGCCUGUCCAUCCCCCCUUCACCUUUAAGUCAAGAAGAUGGAGGGGAGAAGGAGCAGCUGGAGGACUUGCCAAAAAAGUCAACUAAUCAAAACACCAAGGACAAUGGGUUGGGGACCUUCUCUUUACUUGGCCCCUCUGCUGAAUCUGGGAGCUUAGGGGAUACACCCCUUAGUCCUCUUAUUAAGAGCAGUUUAAGUGAGGAGCUGAGUGAAAACCUAAUGGGUCUGGGUCUGGACCCUGGAGCUUUUGCUCCUGGAACUGAGCUCCCAGGCAGCCGCAGUGGGGUGGCGUUAGCUGCUGGGUCCACAGACAGCUGCUUCAGCGCAGGCGGAGCUACCACAGACCGUGAGACACUAAGCACUGUGAGCAGUUACCGCUCUGAGAAAACAGACUCCACUCAGUUAGAAAGUCCUUCAUUGAGCCAGUCACGGCCAACAGAUGGACAGACGCCCGCCUUAGCACCAGUGGUAGAUUCUAAUGUUCUGAACAACACAGAAGACACAACUGGACAGGGUGGCAGUGACACUGACAAUCUGUCAGACAGCGUGCUACUUCGUUCCCCUUCUAAAGAGUUAUCCAUCAGCCAAGGGCUGGACCGGACACUUGUUGAAGAGGAUUUACCCCCUGCACCCUCUGAUAUUGCACAGCCCCCUCCUCUCCAGAACUCUUCCCCUUCAAGUAGUGGCCACUCAGAGGUUUGUGACCUGGACAAAAAAAGCUAUGGUCCUCCUCUCCCGCCGCCACGGCAGGCCAAUUCGGUGCCUUCAGGGCUGGCCCUGGGUCUGGUGUGUUCUGAGCCUGCUUUGCCCAUUUCCUCUACCCCUCUGUUACUGUCUGACCCCCCUGUGCUCCAAGCCCAGCAGGUUGUUCGUCCUAAAGACUUAAAGCUGCUGCGGGCCAGCGGCGGAAGCAUGGGCCACAGACCGGGCAGAAGGAAAGCUCCUAGAAGGCGCACAGGAGCAGGCAGCAGUAGUUUCGACUGUGGUUCUUACAGGCGACACCACAAUCACAGGCAACACAGAGAUUACAUCCCAGUGCGCAGCCGGUUGGGGGCUAAGGCGUACAGCGAAAGUUUAUUUGAAGACUCAACUGAUGAGGAUGACGGCAGUGACAUGAGCGCAGGGUCCAGCCUUGGGUCCCAGCGCAGAUACAGCUCAGACGAGGACAACGACAAUGACGAUGACUCAAGUUCCUCUACCUCUUGCUACUCCUCCGACCUUGCCAACACAGACAUUACAUCCCUUCUCUCCAAUGCUGCUCAACUUCCCCCACAAAGAGAAGGGGAUUUACCCGAACCCUCCGCCCCAUCUCACCCUCGUGCUGCUCAGCGCUCCUCUAGCACAGCGAGUGCCAAGACUCAUGCAAGAGUACUUAGUAUGGACGGGGCUGGUGGCGGCCAGAGCAACGCGGCAACAACUCCUACUACACUUCUUACGAUGCCCUCAACAUCAACCCCAGCUCCUCGCACUCUUGCAAUGUCCAAGUCUGAUCUGGAAGCGAGGACUGUACACGCCGACGGCUUUCCUGGAGGCCAUCAUCAUCGGCUGGAUUCUCUUGGAGGUUCUUGGACUGGCAACCAGAUGGGUUGGAGGGCAGGAGAGCUGGUUGAAGAAGGAGCUGUGGGUGGAGCUCUGGGCCCCGAGGAUGGGAACAAACACGAAUCCAUAACGAGUGUGAAGAGGACCCAGGCAAUACGGCGGAGGCAUAACGCUGGGAGCAACCCUACCCCACCACCUUCAACAAUGGGAUCACCACCCAGCCUCCAAGACCUUCAGCGAGUUCGAACCUCCUCUCAUUCACGCACCCGCACGCUUCCAUCAGCCUUACAGUUUGCGUCUUCACUCCUACUCCCCCGCAGCGGCAUCCAUGAGGCCUCCACCUUUGACGACACAUCAGAGGGAGCAGUGCACUAUUUCUAUGAUGAAAGUGGAGUGAAGAGAUCCUACACUUUUGGACCUGCUGGUGGUGGCUAUGAGGAUCCAGUGCAAGAAAGAGAGAGGCAGUCCCAGUCAUCAAGCUUCACCUCCACUGAAGUUCAGGAUGGAGCACCAGUCCUGUCCAUCCUCCAGCCCAGACCCGUGGUUCUCCAGGGCAUGCAGGUUCGCCGGGUGCCCCUGGAAAUGCCUGAGUUUGAUCUUGAUCACGAAUCCCUCCAAGAAUCUCAUGAAAACACUCUGAUGAUUGAGGAGAAAGCCAAGCCUAAACAGUACUAUCGGUUUUGGGUCCUACCUGGCAAGUGGCUUAGAGUUCGUUACGAUCGACUGGCUCUUCUAGCUCUGUUGGACAGGAAUCGCCGUGUGGGAGAGAACGUGUUUUCUGUGAUGUUGGCUAGCCUGGUGGCCUUCCUGGGAUUUCUUCUUCUGCUUCAGGGCUUUUUCAGGGACAUCUGGGUCUUCCAGUUCUGCUUGGUCAUUGCUAGCUGCCAGUACUCUUUACUGAAGAGCGUACAGCCGGAUGCAGCCUCUCCAAUGCAUGGCCAUAACUGGAUCAUUGUGUACAGUCGGCCAGUUUACUUCUGCUUGUGUUGUGCAAUGAUCUGGAUAUUCGACCUGUCGGGACGAGCUGGAAACCUGCAGCCAUUUUCUCUCUAUGGUGUCACCGUCUUCUCUGCGCACUUCCUGCUGUGUGUCAGGGAUAUGCUUAUCGUUUUUGCCUUGUGUUUUCCGGUCAUUUUCCUGUUUGGGUUGCUACCUCAGGUUAAUACCUUUGUGAUGUGUCUGCUGGAGCAGAUAGACAUGCACAUUUUCGGUGGAACUGCCACUACCAGCCCCCUAUCAUCUCUGUUCAGCCUCAUACGCAGCAUAGUGGUGGCAGCUCUGCUGUAUGGAUUUUGCCUCGGCGCCAUUAAUGCCCCCUGGGGGGAUGCCCAUGUGCCAGUUCUGUUCUCUGUGUUCUGUGGUCUACUUUUGGCCUUGUCCUACCAUCUCAGCCGCCAAAGCAGUGACCCAACCAUCCUGUGGUCAUUGGUCCGUUCCAAAUUAUUCCCCGAAUUGGAGAACAGAACCCCAGAGGAACCCCCUGUGGAAAUCAAAGAUCCUCUCCCUGAGAAGCUACGUAACUCUGUGAGCGAGACGCUUCAUUCAGACCUCGUCAUGUGUCCCCUCAUGGCUGUGAUUACCUUCGCCAUCAGUGCCAGCACCGUUUUCAUUGCUCUUCAGCCGGCUCUCAGUUUUGUCUUAUACAUCCUGGCUGGAGUCAUAGGGUUCAUCACUCACUAUCUCCUGCCUCAGCUCCGCAAACAGCUGCCAUGGUUCUGUCUGGCACACCCUGUGCUUCGAUCCAGAGAGUACAGCCAGUUUGAGGUCCGAGAUGCUGCUCAGCUGAUGUGGUUUGAGAAGCUGUAUGCAUGGCUACAGUGUGUGGAGAAGUACUUCAUCUAUCCAGCUGUGGUGCUGAACUCUCUAACAACUGAAGCCCGAACAGUUGGUCAGAAUCAUAAAGAGCUGGACAUCUACAGCCGUGCUCUCUUCAUCUCAGUCGCAGGAAUGAAGCUGCUGCGUUCUUCCUUCUGCACCCCGUCUCAGCAGUACGUGACCCUUUGCUUUACCACGCUCUUCUUUCACUGUGACUAUCCACACUUCUCAGAGACCUUCCUAAUCGACUACUACUUCAUGUCGAUCAUCUUCAGCAAGAUGUGGGACCUGCUGUACAAGCUACGCUUCGUUUUGACUUACAUAGCCCCAUGGCAGAUCACCUGGGGAUCCGCCUUUCAUGCUUUUGCUCAACCGUUUGCUGUUCCUCACUCUGCUGUGCUUUUCGUCCAGGCAAUCUUCUCUGCCAUUUUUUCCACACCCCUCAACCCUGUUCUAGGAAGCGCUGUGUUCGUCACCUCUUACACCAGACCUGUAAAGUUCUGGGAACGAGACUACAACACCAAGCGGGUUGAUCAUUCAAACACCAGACUUGCCACUCAGUUGGAUCGCAACCCAGGUGCUGAUGACAACAACUUAAACUCGAUUUUCUACGAGCACCUGACGCGCUCUCUGCAGCACAGCCUGUGCGGAGACCUGCUGCUUGGACGCUGGGGGAACUACAACACAGGCGACUGUUUCAUCCUGGCAUCGGACUACCUCAACGCUCUGGUGCACAUCAUUGAGAUCGGCAACGGGCUCGUCACCUUUCAGCUCAGGGGUCUGGAGUUCAGAGGUACCUACUGUCAGCAGAGGGAGGUAGAGGCUAUCACAGAGGGGGUGGAAGAGGACGAGGGCUGCUGCUGCUGUGAACCAGGUCAUCUGCCGCAUAUGUUGUCCUUCAACGCCGCCUUCGGGCAGCGCUGGCUGGCAUGGGAGGUGGCCGCCACCAAAUAUGUUCUAGAGGGCUAUAGCAUCAGCGACAAUAACGCAGCCUCCAUGUUGCAAGUAUUUGACCUGCGCAAAAUUCUCAUCACCUACUAUGUGAAGAGCAUCAUCUACUAUGUGAGUCGAUCCUCUAAGCUUGAGGAGUGGCUCAGCAAUGAGACCAUUCAGGAAGCUCUGCGGCCCUGCCUUGCACCCAGCUAUGUGGACAGCGACCCCACCUUUAACUUGAACAUUGACGAGGACUAUGAUCACAGAGCCUCCGGCAUUACCCCCUCCUCCUUCAGCAUGGUUUACCUCGACUGGAUCCAGUACUGCAACAGCAGGCGCCAAACGCCAGUAACUUGUGAAAAAGAUUCUCCACUUGUCAACCUCUGUUUUGGCCUUUGUAUCCUGGGAAGAAGAGCUCUGGGCACAGCAUCUCAUAGCAUGUCUGCAAGUUUGGAGCCUUUUCUGUACGGCCUCCACGCCCUCUUCAAAGGAGACUUCCGCAUUACGUCGCCCAGGGACGAAUGGGUGUUUGCAGAUAUGGACCUACUGAAUCGAGUUGUGGCUCCAGGAGUUCGAAUGUCCCUCAAACUUCAUCAGGACCAUUUUACAUCCCCAGAUGAGUACGAGGAUCCCACGGUUCUGUAUGAUGCAAUCACUGCCAACGAAGAAAAGAUGCUGAUUUCACACGAAGGGGACCCAGUGUGGCGCAGCGCCAUCUUAGCAAACAUGCCGUCGCUGCUGGCACUGCGACACAUCAUGGACGACGGCAGCGAUGAGUACAAAAUCAUCAUGCUUAAUAAGAGAUUCCUCAGCUUCAGAGUCAUCAAGGUGAACAGAGAAUGUGUGCGUGGGUUGUGGGCUGGCCAACAGCAGGAGCUGGUUUUCCUGCGGAACCGCAACCCAGAGCGAGGAAGCAUCCAGAACGCCAAGCAGGCUCUGAGGAAUAUGAUUAACUCGUCAUGUGACCAGCCCAUCGGUUACCCCAUAUACGUGUCGCCCCUCACCACCUCGUACGCCGGGGGCCACAGUCAGCUCCGCUCUGUGUGGGGCGGCCCGGUCAGUCCACACAACAUUUACACGUGGCUCAUCAGUAGCUGGGACCGGAUGCAGAAAGGGUGUGGCGCCGGCUGUAACAGCGGGGGAAACAUCGAGGACUCUGACUGUGGAGGAGGCUCUGCUUCCAUUUCAAUGAACCCAGCCAUUCACACCACACAGAGCACCCCGGCCUCCAGCCUUCCUCAGCCACACAUCACCACCGUCCAGCCCUCCAUGGGUACAGAUAACCCUAUAGGCCCAAACCAGAGCUGGCCUCACCACCCUCAACCUCUCCCAUUAGCUCUACUCAGUCAAUCAGAGGGCAGGAUGGAGGCCAGCCUGCUCAGCUCUCUGCAGCGAACGUCAUCCAUCCAGGGGCUCCUUGGUCAGCAGCUCUCCAGCUCCCAGCUCUCCUUCAGCAGCUCCAUGGUUCCUCCACCUCUGCCGACCUCAGAGCGCUUCUGCCCGGCAACGCUACUGGAGAACUCAGGACACCGCGUGGGCCAGAGGAGCGGCCUGCUCUACGAGAGUCAUAUCGGCAAGUGGAGUUUUUCAGGCAAGAAGGGCUUUAAUGGACCAACUGCAGUGGAGAUGGAGGGGGUGCCGGUGCAGACGAUACGCACACAGCCUCCUCCUCCUUUGCCGCUACAAGAAGCCAGUCUGUCCCAUGACCCCCUUGGAGCCACUCAGACGUGUGAUCCCACCCUGUUGGCUUCAGAGGACGCUCCCACUCCAAAAGAGGAAUCCACAGAGCUGCCUUUACUUGAUCACCUGCGCUGAGUUUUUGCACUGGUGACAUUUUCUACAAUGGAAGCACACCGUGGGACCGAAUCAGACCAAUUCCAGCUUCGGGUCUCAUUCCAUCUAAUGUUGCUGGGAUUCGUCAGUGCAGGGAAAAAAAUCCCCAGCUGAGCCUGGGAGCAGAAAGGUCCCUAACAGCCAGAGCAGUUCAGCUGUAACGGCGCACUGAGCGGUGGCACAGCACGCCAUGGAGGGAAUUUAGCCAACCGGUUCAUUCAGCAGUCAGGUUUCGUCUGAGGUUCUGAUCAUCCUUGUCUCUAUGGACGACCUUUGGGUUGUAACAGAAGUGACAGACUAGAAAGGCCAGUGCAAUUAAAGGGAUAUUUUGCUUCAGGAGUGUUUAUUUUUCUAUACAGGAGAAAAGAAUAUAGCAUCUCUUCUGCAGAGGCUGGGUUUCUGUUUCAUCACUUAAAGAGAUUUAGUGCGUUACUGUACAAGCAAGCAAAGGAUGUGUGAACCACAAAAAGCCUUUUUUAGUUUUUUUCCCCCCCGUUGUUGCAUCCUCACUGGACCCACAGCUGAGUGUCGAUACCUGACAGACUACAGGAGGCUCAACCCCACCGCUCUCCAUCGCACACCACUCAUUAAUCAGCAAGCGGAAGCGAAGACAACAACCAGUCCCCGCCCUCUGGUUUGUUUCCUGCAGAGGUUCCUGGAGAGAUCAGCGGUUAACAAAGGAAACCUCUCAGCCAAGCCGGCGAGCUGUGCUUUAACGGCGAGUUUACACAUCAUCUAGGCCUUUAAGUCUUGAAUUGGAAGGUGGAGGUUUGGAAGACUGUGGUCCAAACAGGCUCCUCUCUCUGUGAAGAGUGUCUAUUGAAGCCCAUGAAGGUGGCGUGUUGGAAAUGUAAAAAACCUUUUGUUUCGCUGGGUUGAAUGUUUUUUUCUUUUUUUGGAUGUUUUACUUGAAGAAUCCCAAGUUCCUCAGUGAUUCAGAACCACUGAGUUUGUUUUUUGAUAAAUGAUCAGUGAAGCCCUGACUGGUCUCCAGGAAGCAGGGGUCGAUGCUGCUCAGUGCGGGGAGCAGCGUUUCUCCCAUUACUGUACUACUGCUUCUGCAUCCCCUGCUACUACUAACGUACCCUGUACUACUGCUGUUUCUGCACCAGACAAAUCCAGCGUUUUAGUUGGACCUUUACACCGCUAAAAAAAAUAGUAAAAGCAAAGGCGAAAUAUUUAUAAUCAACGUUGUCUUACAGAUCUUUUCUGGGUGGGGCCGUGUGUGUGCGCUGUUGCCUUCUGUCAUCUGCUUCCUCUCUUCCAUUGGUUUGUCUAAAUAAAUCUUUUCAUCUUAUCAACGAUGAUUGUGUUCAAAGGGAUAAUUAGCAUUUUUGAGGUUUGAUUUUGGACGAACUUUAGUUUUAAAUCAGACGUUGAGACGCACUGGUGAGAAUUUUGCAGCCAUUUUUUUACGUCUGAAUUUUGUUUUUUGUUUUCAAUGCGCUUUCCUGCUGAUAGCUGUUUUUAAUGGAAAGCUUUUUCUCUUUAAGAACUGUAAUUAGCAGAGGCUAAAAUAUUUUUUCUACCUCCCCUGUGAGCAGUCUCUAAUUAUUUCUAUUAUGAUAAUCAGCAACAUUACAGGGUUUCACUAUUUUAAAAUAAACAAAACGAUGACUGGGCGACAAUUUAAACUAAAUGCAGUAACCCAUGGUUAGUAUUACUAAAAGGUCUUCAUUCUAGAGAAAAUGGAUGUUUAUCUUGGAUUUCCAAAAGGUUACCAAUAUUUUUAUAACUUUUCCACAGCAGAUAAAAUUAAAAUGUCAAAUAGAUUAAACAAAUUCUUCCUUUUUUCUGUUUAAAGGCUCUCUCUGAUAGCGCUCAUUGUGUCUCCACAUAUCGUAGAGAAAGCUUGAAUCAUCUCUGCUCUUUAUGGCUAACUUCUUAUCCCUCCUUAGUCGUAUUCCGUCAGUAACUGCCUCCACACCGAUGAGGGUUUUUCGCUUCAAUCCGGGCUGAUCAAGAUAAAAAUUGUCCAGUUCCAGUCCACGGUUUUGUUUAAUUUUUUUCUCUCUGUAUCUUAAGCUUUAUGCGCUCCAAUCAGGACGGCUGUGAUGGGGAAAAACAAGCCAACCGCUGCUGAGAUCAGGAUCUAAAAAGCAUAGAUCUCAGUUUAAAGCUGCUUUGUGAAUCUAAUACUGGUUCAGUGUUCAGAUAAUUGGUUUGUGUUACUCUCUCAAAGUUUGUAAAACAUAAUAAAAUCAACCACUACGCUGGUUCGCUGUGGGGGCUGAAAUGCAAUUCUUGGCGAGGUUUUCAUUUGGAGCAGCUGUUACCGUAUUACAGUUCUGAUAAUUUACCCCCCCACCCCCCAAUCAUCCCAAAAACAAACCAUCCCUUUAAUCCUGUAGCAUAACUGGAAAUAUUCCUAAGAAGUUAACUCGGUUCCUCUUCACCCCCUUUUUCAAUCUUUAGCUGUUUUUCACCACUGUGAAAAUGUUGAACGGUUUGCAGAUGAACAUUAAGCAAGCAACACUUGGCAGCCCAGUCGUCAUCUCUCUGCAGUGUUCAAAACGUUGUGCCAUAGCGUUAAUCACCAGAUCCUGGUCUGCUCAAAUGAAUUCCUGUUAUAAUGUUGUUGUCCUUUAGUAGAGGACUUGAAACACCUCCAGCAUUCUCAGGAUUUAACAUUGGGGAGAAAGUGAGACGCGAUUUGUUGCAGGAAAGAUAAUCAAGAGGGAGUUGAGAUCCAUUCUUUAAUUUGACCGGGGUUAUACGAAUAAACUUGGAUCACAAAAUGGAGAUUAAAGGCUAUUUAAGACUUAAAAAGAAAGAGAAUUUCUCCUUAAAAUAAAGGUCACUUAUUUCAUGUUGGGUUGGAAACUGGGUCACCCUGGUGUUAACCAUUCUUAAUGCUGUUUGUGAAUCUUUGCUGCAGUCUUUGCUCCACUUUAAGCUCCUUUCUUUUCAGCAGCCCUGAGAUGUUUUGUAAACUUGCUGUGAGGAACAUAUAGCAGCAUCUUUCCCAGGACAUGCUAACAACUCCCUCAACUCAGGAAAUACAGACUUGUCGAUCAGUGCUGUUUUUAUUUGCAUUCAAAGCUAUGGGGAAUUCUACUUCUUUUUUUUCUUUCUAUGUUUUUUUUUUGGGGGGGGGGAGACAGGAAAGCACAAGCUAACAGGCAGACCCGGGUGUCCUAAAGGGGUUUCCCAAUCUCUAAAUCUGUGUACAGCAUGUCUGCUAUAUGAAUAUGUAUUUAAGAUAAGAAUCUAUUUUAUUAUUGGGUUCUGGUUUUCCUUCUCCAUCAAAGACACUAUAUAUGCGGAGCUGCAGGGAGGGGCGAGGCUCCGGAUUCAACCCAGCAACACGAAAAGCUGAAAAUCUGCAGUUUGGGAAGAAUCACUUUAUACUUGUUUUGCACAAGAUGUCAUUGUUCAUCAUCCCAGUUUUUCCAUUUGUCAUUUUGGGAGGGUGGGCUUUUAUUUAAGAACUAUAAGUCAAUGUUCUGUACAGUUUGGUUUUUUUAUGCGAUUAUCUUUUUUUUUUUCUAUUUAAAUUAAAGUUUUUGU